AUUAUAUCAUCGAGUUACAGUUAUGUGUUUUGUAAUCCACCCAUUUUUUGUUUCAUACUUUGUUACACAAUCAACUCAUUCUUCCAACGAUAGAUUGUCCAAAACACGUUUCGAGUGAAGCAUGUCAAGACGCAAUAACAUCAAAUACAAUGUGCAUUUGGUGUGAAACAGCCAACAUGUGCAUUACUAGCAACGAUAAGGAUAUUCAUAAAUUCAAAGUAAAUGGUUGCCAGGGCAAAAGCUCGAUUGUCACGGUUCCCACUACACCAACACUUGCAGCAACUACUGAAACUGAUCUGGGAAAUGAAUUGAAGAAGACUAGUGGAAGCACUGAAUCACAUUUGAACAUGACUACAGAUACAACAACUCUAGCAACUACUGAAACUGAUCUGAAGAAGACUAGUGGAAGCACUGAAUCACAUUUGAACAUGACUACAGAUACAACAACUCUAGCAACUACUGAAACUGAUCUGAAGAAGACUAGUGGAAGCACUGAAUCACAUUUGAACAUGACCACAGAUACAACUGAAGACACUGAGGAAAGAAAAUCACUGCAAUAUGCCUUAGAUUAUAAUGAAAUAGUGAAAAUAGGUUCAAAAUGGAGAAGUCACUUAGCUGAGGCAAUGUGUAAUCCCAAAUCAAAUCAUCAGUUCCAUUUACCGGCACACGAAAUUGCAGCAACCAAAUAUACAGUUAUUAAUGAUGAUGAUUCUCUUAGCAGCUACGGUGAUAGUGGUCAUCGUGAAUAUAAUUAUGAUCGUCUACUGAACAAAGACAAUUUGGCGAUAUUUAUAUUACGGAUAAAAGAAGUAAGUUUGACUAAAUCAACCACAAAUAUGAGUGAGUUACCUGGUUUUUAA